GGGCAGUAACAGCCCAGGCUAAAGGUACAUCAGAUAGCGGCCUCUGCUAACCGCCUAUCAGUUGUUUUCAGGAAAAAGGAAGAACUUAAAGCCCGUUUAUUUUCUUUUAGGCACUUUCCCAGGUGACAAGCACCGGGGCCAGCGACCUGCUCUGACCUGGGGCCAGCGGUGAGCUGCCCCUGCCUGAUUCUGCGAGAGGCAUGGUGGUGGCAGUGUCAGGGACCUGGCCAGCAGCAUGAGGAAAGGAGUCUAAGGGGCCCCAGCACUGGAAGAUGUCGAUGUCGGGCAGAAUGUCUCCCACCCUGGAGAGGAGCGACAGCGAUGGGAAGACAGGCAGGGCCAAGGCCGUGGUGCAGCCCUCCAACAGCAUCAGUGUGCAGGGCAUCUCCUACACCGUCAGAGAACACAUUGGCCCAUGGUGGAAUGUUUCUUUAUGUCAUAAAAAAUGGACCCGGCAAAUACUUAAGGAUGUUUCAUUUCACGUAGAGAGUGGCCAGAUUAUGGGGAUUUUAGGAAAUUCAGGAUCUGGAAAAACAACACUUCUGGAUGCGAUAUCGGGAAGACUGGGACAUAAAGACAACUUAUUUGGUGAUGUGUACUUGAAUGGGUGUCAGCUGAAGAAGGAACAGUUUAAAGAUUGCUUGUCUUAUGUGCCACAGGUAGAUGCAGUUAUGGCUGAGGUGAGUCUCAGCCACAUUGCUGACAAAAUAAUUGGAAGCCGUAAUUUUGUAGGAAUUUCAGGGGGUGAGAGGCGUCUUGUUUCAAUUGGAGCCCAGCUAUUACAAGAUCCCAAGGUCAUGCUGCUUGAUGAACCAACAACAGGGCUGGACUGCCUAACUGCAAAGCAGAUUGUCUCCCUUCUCUCGGAACUUGCACAUAGGGGCAGGAUAGUGAUUAUUACAAUUCACCAGCCUCGCUCGGAACUCUUCAGAUUAUUUGACAAAAUAGCCAUCAUGAGCUUUGGAGAAAUGGUUUUCUGUGGGAACCCUAUGGAAAUGAUCACUUUUUUUAGUGACUGUGGCUAUUCUUGUCCUGAGCAAUCAAAUCCUUUUGACUUCUAUGUGGAUCUGACAUCUGUGGACACCCGAAGCAAGGAACGUGAACUUGAAACCUACAGUAGGGUUCAGGUAAUCGUAUCGGCCUACAGAAACUCAGAGAUCUUUAGCAAAGUACUGGCAACCAUUGAAAGAGCAAAGAGUAUGAAAGAGCUGACACCAAUUCCAUUCAAAAACAAAGACUCACCCAAUGCCUUUUGCCAAUUGUGGAUUCUUGUACGGAGGAUAACAAGAAACUUCUCCAGAGAUAAGAUGGGCAUCAUCAUGCGUCUCCUCCAGAAUCUGCUAUUUGGCUUGUUUGUAGCAUUUUUCCUUCUUAGACUAAGGAAUGAUCUGGAAAAAGGAGCUGUGCAGGAUCGUGUGGGGCUGGUCUACCAGUGCGUGAGUGCUCCCCCCUACACAGGGAUGCUCAACGGUGCUGUCCUUUUCCCACCUUUACGUGCUAUCAGUGACCAGGAAAGUAAAGAUGGCUUGUACAAGAAGUGGCAAAUGCUUUUAGCUUAUAUAGUACAUUUCUUACCCUUCAGUGUCAUCAGCGUGGCGAUUUUCUGCAUCUUUAUUUACUGGAUUGUUGGGAUGCAUCCUGAUGCUGCCAGAUUUGGAAUUUUCUUUGCUGUUGUCUUAGCAUGUCAUAUAAUUGGUGAACUACUAACACUUGCUGUGCUUGGCGUGGUUCAAAACCCAAACAUAGUCCAAAGUGGAGUGGUGCUACUUAAUUCAGCCGGUGUGACAGUGGGAGCAGGACUACUAAGGACCAUUGAAGAUAUGCCAAGAAUUUUUAAGAUACUCAGUUAUCUUACCUUUCAAAAAUACAGCAGUGAAAUUCUCAUAGUCAAUGAAUUUUAUGGCUUAAACUUCACAUGUGGUGGAGCCAACAGUUCCACUACACUUAAUCCUGUGUGUGUCUUCUCCCAUGGCACUCAGUUCAUUGAAAAAAACUUUCCUGGUGCACUGUCCCAGUUCACACUUGAUUUCCUAAUACUCUAUGCUUUUAUACCAGGACUUGCCAUUGUAGCACUUCUGAGCUUCAAAAUAAGAGACAGAAUUAUAGCCAGGCAAUAAAAAAAUACUUCUAACAGUGUCUAAUGCAACACUUUCAACUUGAUUAUGGUUGAAGGCAUAAAUUGUUAGAUUUUAGAUAGAUUUUAAGUGAUUAUACAGAUAGAAACAUAUCUUCUCAUGCUUGUUUCUAACUGGAUGGUUUCCAUCUUGAAAAACAAUAUUCUCUUAAGAAUAUGAUUGUCUUCCUGCUAUUGGUAUUCCCACCCCACUCCCAAACCUGCCAUAAUCAACAUUAUUACCCAUUUUAAAGGACAUUUUGAAUUUAAUUUAGUCAGCUGUUGCUGUCAGUUUUUAAUAAUCUAUCAAUGGUGCUCUAAUUU